AUGGUAAACGGAACGGACCCAGCACCGAAUCAGGCCGACACUGUAGCAUUUUGGCGCGGCCUGUGGUCAGAGCCCGUAAACCACAGCGAGGGCUCUUGGACGGAAGUUGUGGCGAGUCAGUGUGCGAAUAUAACGCACAUGGACCCCGUCCUUAUAACACCGGAUGACGUAGCUGAGGUGGUCCGUAGGGCCACGAACUGGAAAAGUCCGGGACUCGACGGGCUGCAUCACUACUGGCUGAAGGGGUUCUUGGUGUGUCACUCUGUCUCUCUCGAGAGGCUCAAGAGGCUCUAA